AUGACUCGUCUUAAUCAAAUUCAAUUAAAUAUGAUGCAACAUGGAACAAUAUCAUCAGCAACAAAACAAACGACGUCAAAAACAGACAGUGAUGUAAGUUUAAUCAACACUGAUUUAGACGAACAACAAAAAGAACAAAUAAAACAACUUAUUCAGCAAUUUCCGGAUGUGUUUAACGAACAACCAGGAAGAACAAAAAAAACACAACAUCAAAUUAAUUUAGUUCCAGGGGCACAGCCGUUUAAUUCACCACCAUUUCGUUAUGCACCAACAAGAAAGCAAAUAAUCGAGCAGAACAUAAAAGAAAUGUUAGAUCAAGGGAUUAUUUCACCAUCAACAAGUCCAUGGGCAUCACCCGUUAUAUUAGUUCCAAAGAAAGAUGGAAACUUACGUUUCUGUAUUGAUUAUCGAAAAUAA